ACACAAUGGAGUCGAAGCGGAAGGUGUAUGAACCAACGUCGGCGGCGCAGUACUACGAGAGUAUUUCCGAUUGCCUGAGCUUCAACUCGGCCAUUGAGCAGCAGCGAACGUAUGCACGCAAGCGAAGAACGCUGGUGCAAACCGACGGCUACGAGGCGGUGUUGAAUCGCUCGAAACGAGCUCAAUUGACGUUCUCGCCGUAUUCCAAUAUGCCGACCUCGACAUCUGGCAUGAUGCAGUCCACAUCCUCUGCGAUGCAUGCAGCCAAGCCUCCCGUGGCGGGACAAACCGUGGGGCCCCCUCCCAAGCUGCAGCAGAAUAUUCUACCCAUGAACGACGCCAUGAGCAAGCAACUCGCUCCGAAACUCACGAAAUCGACAACCCAACCUCCCACUCAACCCGUGCACUUAAAGUCCCUGUCCGACGGCCAGGCAAUCUUUUCCGUGGGAAGCGACGUCAUUGUGCAUCACACGGAAAAGCUCGCGGCGUACGGGUUGGGCCAUUUGCUCGGGCGCAAGGGCACGGUAAUCUCCGUGCCAGUAGCCAAAGGCCAGUUUCUGUAUGGCGUCAUGUUUGACAACACUGUGCACCACGUGCCGCUGGAGGCGCUCGUGUCGUCGGACGCGGCGGCGAUGCUCAGCACUCCGUCGCAAGUCAAGUUGCCCGCGUCGAGCCAGCUCAAGCUCGAGCAGUCGUUUCACAUGCACCGAUUGAUGCAGGACCAGUUCAAGGAGAUCCAGGCCCUGCAGAAGCAGCAUGCAGAGUUCCGCGUGGCCAACAACACGCCCGCCAUGGCCGAAGUGCAAAAGUCACUGGCGGUGCUGCGAAACCUCCACUUGUCGCAGAUCCGGGCGCUCAAAACCAAACACGACGAAGAAUUGCGUCAAAAGGAGCUCACAUAACAUUCAUUCAUACAAUAAUAUGGUUGGCACGUGGGUCGGUUUCGUGGACAUGAAUCAGUGAGGUGUAUUUUUUGGUACCACUAUAUUUAG